CGCCAGGCCGCACCCGGAAGCGCUGACCGGGCCCGGACCGGAGCCGGGACCCCCCGGGAUCCCCCCGGUAACCCCGGACCGGAGCCGGGACCCCCCCCCAGGACCCCCCUAUGACUGCGGGACCCUCCCGGUAACCCCGCACCGGAGCCGGGACCCCCUCCCAGCAUCCCCCCGGUAACCCCGGGACCCCCCCCAGGGCCCCCCCGGUAACCCCGGCCCAGGCCCGGGACCCCCCCGGUAACCGAGGAUUCCCCCCGGACCCCCCGUUAUCCUCCCGCGACUCCCGGGGUUCUGCCGGGUUUAAAUCCCUUGAUCCCCCCCCAAAAUUCCCGAAAAAUCCCCAAAAUCCGCGGGAUUUUCUCUCGUUCUUCCCCCCGGGAGUGCCUCAAAAUCCCCGGAAUUUUCUCGGGAUUUAACCCCAAAAUUCCCCCAAAAUUCCCGAAAAUUCCCGGAUUUUUUUCUGGGAUUUAACCCCAAAAUUCCCCCGAUAUUCAUCCAAAAUUCCCCAAAAUUCCCGGAAUUUUUUCUGGGAUUUAACCCCAAAAUUCCCCCAAUAUUCAUCCCAAAAUCCCGGAAUUUUAUCGGGAUUUAAUCCCAAAAUUCCCCCAAUAUUCCCUGGAUUUAACCCCCAAAAUUCCCGGAAUUUUCUCGGGAUUUAACCCCACUAUUCAUCCAAAAUUCCCGAAAAUUCCCGGAUUUUUUUUCUGGGAUUUGACUCCAAAAUUCCUCAAUAUUCCCUGGAUUUAACCCUCAAAAUUCCCAGAAAUUUCUGGGAUUUAACCCCAAAAUUCCCCCAAUAUUUCUCCAAAAUUCCCAGAAUUUUUCUGGGAUUUCACUCCCAUUAUCCCCCCAAAAUUCCCAAAAAUUCCCGAAUUUCUCCCGGGAUUUUACAUCCCCAAUCCCGUCGAUAUUCCCAGAAUUCCAUUGGGAUUUAAUCCCCCAAAAUUCCCAGAAUCCCUCUGGAUUUAAUCCCCCCAAAAUUCCCGAAAUUUCCUCAGGAUUUAAGGCCCAAAAUUCCUGGGAUUGAGUCCCUCCAAAAUUCCCAAAAAUUCCUGAAAUUCUGCUGCAUUUUUCCCUCCUAUUUUCCCUGAUAUUUUCCCCAUUCUUUCCCAUUUUUUCCCUCCUAUUUCCCCCAUUUUCCCUCUUAUUUUCCCUCAUACUUUCCCCAACUUUUCCCCAUUCUUUCCCAUUUUUCCCUCUUAUUUUCCCUGAUAUUUUCCCUGAUAUUUUCCCCAUUCUUUCCCUCCUAUUCCCCCCAUUUUCCCUCCUAGUUUCCCUGAUUUUUUCCCCAAUUUUUUUCCCAUUCUUUUCCAUUUUUUCCCUCCUAUUUUCCCAAAUACUUUCCCCAUUCUUUCCCAUUUUUUCCCUCCUAUUUCCCCCAUUUUCCCUCCUAUUUUCCCUGAUUUUUCCCCCAUUUUUCCCCUUCCAUUUCCCCCAUUUUCCCUCCUAUUUCUCUAAUAUUUUCCCCAUUCUUUCCCAUUUUUUCCCUCCUAUUUUCCCCAUUUUCCCUCCUAUUUUCCCCAUUAUUUCCCUCCUAUUUUCCCUCCUAGUUUACCCAUUUUCCCCCCCAAUUUUCCCCCAUUCUUUCCCAUUUUUUCCCUCCUAUUUUCCCCAUUUUCCCUCCUAUUUUCCCUGAUACUUUCCCCAACUUUUCCCCAUUCAUUCCCAUUUUUCCCUCCUAGUUUUCCCAUUUUCCCCUUCUAUUUCCCCCAUUAUUUCCCCCAUUUUCCCUCCUAUUUUCCCUGAUAUUUUCCCCAUUUUUUCUCCAUUCUUUCCCAUUUUUUCCCUCCUAUUUUCCCCAUUUCCCUCCUAUUUUCCCUGAUAUUUUCCAUAAUUUUCCCCCAUUCUUUCCCCCCAUUUUCCCCUCCUAGUUCCCCCAUUAUUCCCCCAUUAUUCCCCCCAUUAUCCCCCCAUUAUUCCCCCGUUCCCCCAUGGAGUCGCAGUGCGAUUACUCCAUGUACUUCCCGGCCGUUCCCUUCCCUCCGCGGGAGUUCCUGGCGGGGGAAUCCUCGGGUUACCGCGCGCUGCCGCGCCGCAACCACCUGUACCUGGGCGAGACCGUGCGCUUCCUGCUGGUGCUGCGCAAGAACCCCGGGAAUGCCGACAGGAACCCCGACAGAAACCCCGACAGAAUUCCCGACAGAACUCCCGCCAACCCUGAGAGAAGCCCCGCCCACUCCUCCCGAAGCCACGCCCAGCCGGGCGCCAAUUUCCCGGGAAAAACGCCGUGGGCCCAGCUGGCCUCGUCGCUGUCGGCGCUGGCCACCGUCACCUGCGGGGACAGCCGGGCCCGCGACGACGACGAGGAGACGCCCGGGGAUCCCGGCAACGGCGGCGCCGAGGAUUCCCGGGAGCUGUUCCGGGAGUGCCGCGCGCUGCUCACGCACUCCCGGGGCCCUCCCGGCGGCGCCGGCGCGGGGCUCCCCGUGGACGACCCCAUCAUCUCCCAGGACGAGGUCAUUUUCCCUCUCACCGUGGCCCUGGACCGGCUCCCGCCCGGCACCGCCAAGGCCAAGAUCGUGGUGACCGUGUGGCAGCGGGACACGGAGCCGCCGGAGCUGCAGGAGGGGACAGGGCCAGGGUCAGGCCAGGUGACAGGGACAGGGACAGGGACAGGGACAGGGACAGGGACAGGGACAGGGCCAGGGGGGUACCUGAGGCUGCUCCAGGGCCGCGCCCCCGGCCAGGUGUUCCGCCAGCAGCACGGGGCCUUCAAGGCACAAGUGUCCACGCUGCUGACGGUGCUGCCACCCCCCCGCGUGCGCUGCCGCCAGGUGACCGUGUCCGGCAAGUACCUGACCGUGCUCAAAGUGCUGAACGGCUCGUCCCAGGAGGAGCUGUCCCUGUGGGACGUGCAGGUGCUGCCCAAUUUCAACGCCAGUUACCUGCCCGUGAUGCCCGACGGCUCCGUGCUGCUCGUGGACGACGUCUGCCACCACUCCGGGGAGGUCCCCGUGGGGGCGUUCUGCCGCGUCCCCGGGUGCCACUCGGGGUGGCCGUGUCCCCUGAGCGCCCUGGAGGAGCAGAACUUCCUGUUCCAGCUGCAGGCGCCCGAGCGGCCGCCCUGCGACACCAAGGAGGGCCUGGAGGUGCCGCUGGUGGCCGUGGUCCGGUGGUCGACGCCGAAGCUGCCGUUCACCAACAGCAUCGUCACCCACUACCGGCUGCCGAGCAUCCGGCUGGAGCGGCCGCGCUUCGUCAUGACGGCCACCUGCGAGUCGCCCGUGGUGGCCCUGCAGCGCUUCACUGUCACCUACACCCUGCUCAACGACCUGCAGGACUUCCUGGCCGUCAGGCUGGUCUGGACGCCCGAGGCCACCGCCGGGAAGUCGCGGGGCUCGCUGGACUCCGUGGUGUGCCACACGCCGCUCACCAACCUGGGCUACUCCCGCAAGGGCAGCGCCCGCACCUUCCGCGUGGCCUUCCAGGCGCUGCGGGCCGGCCUCUUCGAGCUGUCGCAGCACAUGAAGCUGAAGCUGCAGUUCACGGCCAGCGUGAGCAGCGCCCCGGCCGAGGCGCGCCCCGUGUCCCGCAGGAGCAGCCCCAGCUCCCCGGCCGUGCGCGAGCUCGUGGCCGGCCUGGGCCGCUCCCAGUCCUUCUCCCACCAGCAGCCCGCCCGCAGCCACCUCAUGAGGUCUGGCAGCGUGAUGGAGCGCAGGGCCAUCACGCCCCCCGUGGGCUCCCCCGUGGGCCGCCCCCUGUACCUGCCCGCGGGUGACAAGGCCGUGCUGGCCCUGGACAAGAUCGCCAAGAGGGAGUGCAAGGUGCUCGUGGUGCCACCCGUCAAGUGACAGCGGGGACAGCGGGGGGACAGCGGGGGACAGCGGGGGACAACGGGGGGACAUCGAGGGGA